AUGGCCAAGAGCGACGAAGCACUCACCUUCAGCGCGCGUGAGAUGCAGGUCCUCGCGCUGGCCUGGCAGUGCUUCGAGUCGGAGCCCAAGAUCGACAUCAAGAAGCUCGCCCGCCUCACCGGCUACACCGAGGGCAGUGCCUCCGUUACGAUGGGCAAAAUCAAGCGCAAACUCAAGACACACGGCGCCGGCGGCGGUAGUGGCAGCGAGUCCAACCCCGCUACUGCAACUGCAUCCACCCCGAAGAAGACGCCUGCUCCAAAGACGCCUAGGACCGGCAAGCGCGGUGCGGGGGCUAGUGCGGAUGAGACGCCAAGCAAGAAGGUGAAGGGCGAGAGGGUCGAGGAUGAGGGGGAGGAGUUCAAGAUCAAGCCGGAGCCCGUGCUGGAUGGCUAUGGCGCGUACCAUGAUUACGCUGGAGGCUUGUAG